AUGGUUCGCACUGGAGCAAAUGGUCCACCGAGAGUGAGGUCUCGACGAGCUGACGGUGUGCUAUUCGUUUUGGCGCUUGUUGCAUCAAGUACUCUACAGGGCUGCCUACCUCCUGACUGGUCAUUCUGCGACUGCGACUUCCGUGAUAAUUUCUGGGACAGUAUUCUGAAUGAUGUACACCUGCUCUGGGAUGGUCCAGACUUUGUGCGAAAAGCCAGAGAUAACAGAACCUUCCAGGGAAGAUAUUUGCAAUCGCCGCCAAGCGACCUGAACUGUCCAGUAAACCCAAGCGUUUUCUGGAAGGCCUGGCCGCAGUACGGAAUUACACGUGGGCUGAUUGAGGGCUCAAUGGGAGAUCUCUGGAUGCCCGGAGCCAGAGACAGGUUCAAACAAGUUUGUAUAGCAGGGCACCUGGCCUUGAUGGCAAUCUGCUCACAGCACUUCUUGGUGAAAUCUGCACGAGCACAGGAGGCAGGCGAUCCUGACCACAUGAAGUGGCUUGAGGCAUCUUUCGGUCACAUGGUCGCAAUUCGUAACCUGGGCCAGGCAUACCAAAUUCGGCAAUGCAUGGGUCAGCAAGGUUGGUCGCUGGAUGUCGGCGCUUUCCAUAAGUAUACUGAAAGAUGGAUAGGCCGAGAAGCUGCUGGGACUGUUCCUCAAGCUGCAUUUUUCAACGGUCAGGUCGACCCUUGGCAAAUGCUUUUCACCAAGCCGAUGCACCACAACGAGGAGAGCCGAGCCGCGGCCUUGCCGGAUCGACGUGUCUGUGUUCCCUUUAAGGACCCGGCAUGUUGGAAGCGGAAAUCCCAGUUGCUAAUAGAGACGUGCGAGUAUUGCUGCAACCCCUUCCAACACAAGACAGGGCGUGGUGCGAGCUGGUGCUGGGAUGACGAAUGGACAUAUGAGAGAUGUUGCCAGCAGGACUACAAAGACCUUGUGUGCGAAGUGCAGCGAAAGGGCGAGGAAGGCGGAUGCGUCGACUGCAAAAAGUCCGUGACAUACAACUGCAUGACGCCGCCCGAAAAGCGGUUGAAGGAUGCUCAGGACAACUACAACAAGAAGGUUGAUCUCUUUAAUAGCUUGCAGGACAAAGCCCGGACACUUGCACAGGACACAGCAGCAGCAAGGGCGGACCUGAUCAGCAAAGAUGCAACAUACCAAGAGCUUCACGCUGACCUGAACACGAAGCUCCGGAUCUGGCAUGUCGCAUUUAAUAACGCUUCAAGGCUGUUGUCGGCCGCUCGGCUGCGCCAGCAAGAGCUAACUUGGAACAAUUCGAACGCGGCAUUACAACAGGCACAAGCUACGCUGAGAUCGGCACAAGGAGCGACAUCCACUGCGCAGGCCACAGUUGCCGAGGCCAGAAGGCAAGAGCAACUGGGCAAACAGCUGCUUGCAAACAACGAGUCGGCCUAUGCGAAAGCACAGAGCCACCAGGCAGCAACCAAAGAAGCUCUAACGAAGAGCCAGGACCAGCGGAAAGCAGCGGAGACGGUGGCUGCGGAAGCCGAAGCGACGCUGGAGGCCGCAAAGACAACUGCCAAGGCGGCCUUUGAGACCUCGCUUUCUGCGAAUGAGUCUUCAGAUGCUACCCACAGAGACACCAGAAAGCCCUUAGAGGAGGCGUCGUCUUUGAGAGACGCACUGCGAGCAACGGCCUGGGCGAGUCAAUCCCGGCACGCCGCCUUCUCUGCAGCUCUGCAAAGAGCGUCUUCGCAGUCCGCCAGCGCCAGCUGUCAGGAGCGAUCCGUCGACACCGCGACAACAGCAGCUCGGGUUCGUUCUGCAGAGCGAUCGGUCAAGGAGGCAGCAGCCGUCCGCAACCGCAGCGCAGAAGAUCUUCAGGUGGCUGCAAAGGCUGAAGAACUCUUUCACCAAGUGCUCACCAAUUGUACAGUGGGACCUCAUGGAUCAUCUGCUGCACGAUGUCUCAUUGAUGUCACACCGGCCAACAAGUCCGCGAAGCCUCUUUUGUCGAAGUCGUCCUGGCGCAAAGAACUUUGCAACACCUGGCAGGCACCGCAUGGAUGCCCAGAUGGCCAGAGCUGCGAUUGCUCCAUCACGUGUGACAGCGAGCCAAAUGCGCAAGCCAGUGAGAUGCGAAUAAACACCCUUGUGCAGCAGAUGCUCGAGACUCAGCGUCUGGCAGAACAGGCCCUUGCUCGGCAAAGAAGCAAAAGGGACGAUUUUGAUGACAUCGAGGUGUACAUUCCUGCUGAGCUGAUCAGUGCCAUGGAAGCGGCAACCCAGAAAGUUGCAUCAGUGAAAGAGAAGCAAGCGGCAGCUACCAAGGAUUCCAGGGAGGCACAAAACAUGCUGGAGAAGGCAAAGUCUGAUCGCGAAGCAGCGGACAAGAAGCAGAGAACUGCACAAGACAAGCUUGUUCAAGCACAGAGCCAGGAGAAAGACUUGCUUUCGCAGCUGACUGCAGCGCGAGCGGACUUGGACCGAAACAUGACGUCGCUGCAGGAGUUGAGGCAGCGUCUGGCAGAGGCCAACCAGACAGCUCAGAAGGCGUCAACGAUGCUUGCCGAAGCCAUUAGACGCGAAGAUUGGAGCAAGACACUUUACCACAAUUUGACGAAAGAAGCAAGCAGGAAAAGGGAGGAGAAUAACACGGAAGUCCUGCGAAGAGACGAAGCUGACAAGAAAGUCCAAGCGUUGAACCAGUCCCUCGCGGAGAAUCUCACGGUGCUUGUCUCGGCCUGGCUGCGUCAGCAAGAGACCGCCGGUGAGGCCUCGCACUCGGCGCGUUGGAGCGAGCGGCUCCUGGCAGCGGCCAAGGCCGUCCUGGUGAACAUGGUGGGGUCGUUCGAGAGUUUUCUGGAAAACUAUGUCAUUAGCAUCUCGGACAAGGACGCAGCCAUGCAGGUAAUGCGAGCUGUGGAGGACUUGAAGGCCGUGGAGCUGAGUGCUCUGGAGGCCGAGAAGAACGCUGAGGACGCCGCAGAGCAGGUGCGGCAAGCCGAGGGCAAGGUUGCGGAAGCCGAGGCUGCCAGGACGCAUUCCGAUUCGAAAGCCCGCAACGCAACCAGCGCUGUUGAGGAGGCGAAGGAUGUUCUGCUUUCUGCAGAGCGCUUGCUGAACCAGACCAGGGUCGUCGUCGACACUGUCGGGCAACAGCUGCAAGAUGUGAAGACGUUGGUUGGCAAGAUCAAGGCUGAGGUCGAUGCCGCAGUGUCAGAUCAUCAAAAGGCUGUUCGUGCAGUCGAACAGCACGCAGACAGCGUGAGGACGACAGCACAGAAUGUGGAAGCUGCGGAUGCUGAGGUUGCGAAGGCUCUUGCUGGCCACUCAGCGGCCGAAGCAAAAAUCGCGAGCGCCAAAGAUGCAUCCCUUGGGAGCAGUCUACAAGCAGCAAAGCGGAAAUGCAAGCCGAGUGAGCAGGAGUUCCAGGUCUAUCUGCACUUCCGAGAGCAUCUAGGUCUCGCGAAGCACGUCGUCGUCCAACGCAUGAAGUUGCUGCAAUUGGCCGAUGGCGAGCUACAGCGGGAAGUGCUUGCCUUGCAGGAUGCCCAGGUUCUCCACGAAACGUUACAAGAUGAUGUAUUGGAUGCUGAUGCUGCCGUGAAAGAGCAUGCUGCGGCCAAUGCGGCUGCGGACAUGGAUGCGCAGGUGCUGCAGGCGUGGGCGAACAAAUCUGGAGCGGAACUCUCCGAGCACAUGGAGAAGUUCAGAGUUGCCCAGGGAGAUGUGAAUGCGGUGCUGAAGAAGCGCGAGGAGGCCAGCAGGUCAUCUUUGUCCUUGGCUACAGCAUAUCUCAACGCGGCUUCACAAAGGGAGGCGUCUGAAGGUAACCUACUCCGCAGGAAGGACGAGCUGGAAGCGGCAAAAAACCAAUCGACUCGGCUUGCUUCAGAACUUGUGAAGUCCGUGGAAGCAGAGGCAGCGGCGAAGAAGUCCGCCGAAGAGGCCAAGGCUUGGCAGGCAAGCUUCAACACAUCUUUGCAGAUUGGAAGGAAAGAGGGGCUCCUGAGGGAAGCUCAGCAGGAGCAGCAGAGAUGCGAAGAAGCUGAGGUCAAUGCAUCAAAAAGAGAAACCAGGAUGCGCUCGUUGCUGAAUACGCACAAAAAGCACCUCGUCUUGUGUGACCUGCAGGUUGAACUUCCUGAAAAGGAAGCACUCAGACUUGAGGCCAAAGCUGCUUUCGACAAAGCAGAAAAGGCCCUCUUGGAGGCGCAGAAGAAGUUGGAGAGCCUCGCGAGUGAAGAAGCAGAGACUCAUGAAAGUAUUGGAAAGACCUACAAGGAGCUGGAGGAGUUGAAGGUUGAGCAUUCCAUAGCAGACAAGGAGUACAACGAUCAGGACGCUCAGUUGGUCUCUGCGCAUCUGUGCAAUUUGUCAUGGACGCUCUGA